AAUGAAUCUAGCCAGCUAGCUAACAAUAGAAGUCAUGCCAGUAAGAAGUCUAUAAACUGCGAAGAAAGGAAACAUACCUUUUCCAUUCUAAAGUGUCGGAGACUUUACAGCAGGAGCAAGUUUACUGGAUGUGUUGGACCUUAGCUCGGAGUCCUGGUUGAUUUCUAUUUUAAAGGGACAAUUAACGGGGGUCUUGUUAGCUCGAAAGCCAGGACUGGCUAGCUGUCGGUUCACUCAUGCAAGAACCAAUAAGGAAUCGUACAACCAAAUAUCGGUUGUUUUGAACUAUUGAAUACGAAGGUGGAUAAAACUGUUUCUUGAAAGCACUGUUAGAACCAACAGUGGCUCAUACGAUAUGACUGUAGGCCUACUGUCAAUUGUCUACAUCAGCAAAUGUUACUGCUGAUACCAGUUUCAAGUUGCUUGGUAGCUAGCUGGCUACCAGUCUGUAUGUAUUAAGUUGGGAUUCUGCAACAUAUUUUGUUAAUAUAUGCAAUAUUGAACAUCAAACAUGGAUAAAAAGUCAUUCGACAUAGUAUUGGAUGAAAUUCGAAAGUGUGUUUUGACAGAUCAACGAGUAAAAGCGAUAGAACAGGUGCACGGUUACUUCUCCAGUGAACAGGUGAUUGAUAUCCUGAAGUAUUUCUCAUGGGCCGAACCACAGAUCAAAGCGGUGAAGGCUUUACAGCACAAAAUGGUAGCAGUCCCUACUACGAAAGUGGCCAACAUACUCAACUGCUUUACAUUCACCAAGGAUAAACUAGUAGUUUUGGAACUCCUAGCAUUAAACAUAAGUGAUGCUCAGAACUAUCGGCCAGUGGAGGACUUGUUUCGCACUCACCUGUCGGAGAAGAAGCGUGCUCGGAGAAUCCUGGAGCAGGUGUGUAAGGUGGGAUGCAAGGCUCCAGUGGCCAUGAUCUCGUCGUGUGGGGUGAUCCCAGGAAACCCCUACCCCAAGGGCCGCCCCAGCCAGGUCACCGGCAGCUUCCCGAAAGCACCGUUGCCUAUGCCGACCAAUAACAACCCUGCUACUGCCACCCCCGCUGCCACCCCCAAUGCCGCCAAGAAGGAGACGGAGGAGAGCAGCAAUGAGCCUAAAGGCAUUGCUGCCAGGAUACUUGGGCCUUUUAAACCGUCUCCGUCUUCAUACAACCCCCACCGGCCUGUGCCCUAUCCGAUACCCCCCUGCAGAGUCCAUGCUACUAUCGCUCCCAGUGCGUACAACAAUGCACGGCCUGGUUCAAAGGGUGGGGUCAUCACUUCAAGAGUACUCUCUUCACCCUAUAGUGCCACACCCUCCUCAGGCUACUCGCGAGCCUCCAGUCAGCAGUCCUCCAGCGUGACCACCACCACCACUGCCUCUCCUCACACCCCCACCCCCACCUCCUCGACCCCAGCCGCUGCCGCCUCCUCCUCCUCCUCUACAACCCCUGCUCCCACCACUCCCAUCACCCCCAUCUUCCCUGGCAUGGUCCCCUCCCAGCACCGCGUCGCCCAGUCCCCCACCCCGGCCCCUGCGCCCUCCCCUUCCUCCGUCAUCAAGGGUCCGCCCAUGUCCCCUCACCUGCCCUCCACCCCCGGCGCUGGCUCUCACCCCCCGGCCUCGCCUUUCUCCGGCGCUCCCCCCGGCGGCAUGGUGGUCAACAACAAGUCCCACACCCCCACCCCGAGCGGAACCCCGGGCCCUCCCGGAAGCUUCUCACCGUCUCCGUUCCAGGGUCGGACGUCCCGCGCGGGGACCCCGCUGGCCGGACCCCCACCCACCACCCCGACCCUGACGCCCAGGGGGGGCGCUGGCUCCAACCCCUCUGCGGACCCCUCUGCCAUGAUGGGCGGUGGCGGUGGGAAGUCCUACCCCUCUCCUGUGGACGCCGGCAUGAUGGGCCCCUCUUACCCAGGCGGCGGCGGCCAGCCUGGAGCUAACCACUCUGUCAUCCGUAGCUACACCCCCACAGGCCUCCCUGACCGCUCCACGCCCCUCCACAUGCCUCACGGAGGCCCUGGCAGCGCCCCGCCCACCCACAGCCCAAAACCCUCCUCGCAGCAGCAGGCCGCGGCGGCGGCGGCGCUGGGUCCCGGUGCCAUGGCGGCGUUCUUCGGCAGCGGCGAUCAGCAGCACCCGUCCGCUCUGCCCCACCAGCGUGGCAGCAGUGGCGGCAGCAGCCCCAUCCCCUCCGCCUUCAAGGGUCCCUCGUCCCGCUCGGGCACCCCUUCCCUCAGCUCGCUGGCCAUGCCCAUGUCCAACUCUGCCGCCCUGGCGCGCUCCCUGGGCCUCCCGGGGCACCACCCUGUUGCCACCAGCUCUCCGCAGUCCUCCGUGCCCAGCUCUGCCAUGGUGCCAGGCCUGUCCGCCAUGCACUCCGCCCUGGCGGCCAGCCAGCAGGCAGCCGGCGCCAGUCCCGUCCCCCAGCCAUCGCACCACUUCCCCGGGCUGCCUUCCUACCCGUCCGGCCUGUCCUCCUCUUCUCCUUUCCCGGCCGUGCCCUCCUCCAUCCCCUCCUCCGCGGGGCACCCUAUGCCCUCUUCCUCUGUCUACUCAGGCCUUCCCCCUUCGGCCGCUCAGGCUGCGGCUGCUGCUGCGGCCGCCGGCUCGCCGUUCGGCCUGGGCCUCACCACGGCCCCCUCCAUCUUCUCCGGGCUGCCGCCGGGCCACAGCCCCCAGGCCUUCUCUGGGUUCGGGGCCUCGGGCCCCCAGGGGGUGGGAAGCCCCGUGCUGUCGUCGCUCAUGGGGUCGUCCGUGGCGACGGUGGCUCCGCUCCAGGCCGCGGCGGUGGCGGCGGCGGGGGUGCCCAGUACGUCGCCCGUGCUGCCGGGCUUCGCCUCCGCGUUCAGCUCCAACUACAACCCUGCACUGGUGGGGCAGCCCGGCCUGACUAGUGGCCUCCAGGCCCCUGGGGGGGGCUCUUUCCCAGGCCUGCUGUCCUUUCCUGGCAUGGGCGGCUUCUCCCCGAGCCCCUCGCAAGCCGCCCUCGCCGGACUGCACAACCCCAUGCAGUCCGCACUCCUACAGGCCCACUCUGCGUCCCCUCUGGAGAGCUACCCUCCGCAACCCAACGGCUUUGGCAACUACCCCCCCGCCCCCGGCACACCCUUCCCUCUGCAGCCGGGCCUACACCCCCAGCUGUGGCAGUGAGGCCCCCACUCACCCAC